AUGGCAAGUCCAAAUCCAGAUAUCGAUGCCUCAUCAAUGUUUAUGGAUAAAGGUGAUGGUAGAAAGUCAAAAAGUCCUAUUCGAUCAGGCUCACCAAGAAACCGUGUCAAAAAAAAGGAACGCGUUGAGCCUGCAGCCGAAGUAAUAACAGUUAAAGACUUCUUUGACUUUAUGAAGACAGCGUAUCAAGUGUACGAACAUCUAGAAGGCUCAGACGAUGAUGGAUCAAAAAUUAACUGGGAGGAGUUAACCAAAUUGACUGUUCUAAACCAUGUUAUUGAACAGCAGGAGCGUGAUCUUUUGCAACUCACUGUUAAUACCGUUCAAAAGCCAAUUAUUAGUAAAAGUGAAACGGUGAUUGAACCAAAGUUCAGCAUUACCGAAAGAGUGGAAAAGAGAUACAGUUGCAGCGAAAUAGAAGGUAAUCGCAGCCGUAAUCUGACUCCAGAAAUAAAAGUAGAAAUGUUAGGAGUUUGGACGGAGGCCAAUUUAAAUUGCAAAUUAAAUGAUGUGAUUAAUGAAGGAAUAUUGGAUUCUAUCCUGCCAUAUUUGGUGGGGUAUAAAAAGCCAGCGAAGACAACGAGUGUGUACGCUCCAAUAAUGAAGAAAACUGUUUCGAGUACAUCCGCCGAUAUUAAAAAACCUGCUAGUUUUGAGGGUUUCAUAAACGAAAAGGAUUCUCGUGAUCGUUUGGGGCGAAGGAAAUCAUCUGUGAUUGCAGCUCAAGAAAAAUCAAAUCAAAAGCAAGAUGGUGAUGUUGAAAUUCACGUUUGCGACGAGGUGAAAGGAUUGAAAAAAGACUUUAGAUGCCCUCAAAAGCUGUUGGUUACGAAGAUGGGAUAUUUUGCUGAUGUCACCGCAGGUCAGAGGUUGGAAGAUAUGGAUAUAUCUGUGCAUUGUGACAUACAGAUAUUCGACUGGCUGAUGCGUUGGGUGAAGCGUGACACUAUUUUAGUUGCUGACUGGCCUCUAUUAGAUCCGCACAAUGUAGUCCCUAUAUUGGUAUCAGCUUCUUUCUUACAGAUGGAGCCACUGUUGCACGACUGCCUCAUCUACUGUCACGCACACAUGAAUGACAUUGUGAAGACCACUACCAACCUCGCUUGUCUCAGCGAUGCUUUACUUACAAGAUUAGCAGCAAUGUACACAAAUGUUGAAUUGGAGGGUAUCAAAGACCGUAAAGACAAGAUUCAGUCCCGUUUGUACUGCAAAAUGAUUUUGUCGUUAGCGGAACCGGUACCCGAGACCCUAAGGGGGCACUACGCGUCACUGGCCACGCUCUUUAAGUGUAGCAAGUGUAAUAAACUUCUGGGUAGACACAUAGCGGAACAAGUACCAUGUCAGCCUGCAGCUAUGCGCAUAGACCGUCGAGGGAAUGUACUGUCUUCACAUAAUAAAGACCCGUCGUGGAGUAUAAACGACUAUAUAACAUGGUUGUAUGGUGAAUUACGGUCAUGGCGACGCGUUUACUGGCGUUUGUGGGCUGACUGUCACUUUUUGAGGUGUCAGCUGUGUGACAGCUAUUUCCCAGCUUAUCAGAUGGAAUGGUGUUCUCACCACGAGCAAAACCCGCACAUGUUCGGAGUGGAGGGCCGUGCCGCACUGCCCGCGGGGCGAUACCCUUGCUGCGGAGAGAGGGCCUAUCGUUUUGAGACCGUUACACGGAAUACGGGCUGUCAAUUUCGCGAGCACGUUCCAGAUGAACGUUUGGCAACAGACGCGUCUGUGAUGGAGAUAUACAACCGAUUCCGUGAUAUUAUCGCUAUGAGACCGCCACAACUCAUGUUCCCAGAACGGCUAACACGACUUGUUGCUAGAGAACCUGGCGAGGAGCCGGAUGGCCGUCUUCAAUGCAAAGAAGUGUUUUGGUGGGAAGGCAUCCAGCUGGUGCCACCACGUCAGCCACUUGGAUUGUUGGGGAAACUAUACACCAGCAAUAGCAAAUUUAACCAGAAUACUCGGCCUGGAUCGCCGGUUAUCAGUUCGCUGCAGGCUUCAAUGCCGUCUUUGGCUGGCAAUUGCUCCACGGCCGCAGCUUCGCCUGAGCGCAUCGAUAAUAAAGUUAAACGUAAUGUGAGCCCUAAGGGUAAGCAAGGCACUGGCACUGGAGAUGUUGAAGUAGCCGAAGAAGCCACAGACUCUGACGAGAGUGAACAGAGUUCUGACAGUGCAAGAAGUGACGAAGACACGCCGCCGCGGCGUCCGCGCAAUAGGACCAGAGUGCCGGCGCAACCUAAUAGAAAUAAAUCACGUCGAUGGACCGCAACUACUGCUGGUCGUGUAUGGGCGGCGACUGUCUCGGCUAGAAGUAAUCAAGACGGACAACGAAGAUUUGAGGAACGAGCUGCUGCUCACAUGAAAGUCACGCUCGCACGGAGACACCACUAUCCCACUAAGCCUAAACAACAUCCAGGUGGUGUCUACGCCAAAUUGGAAGCAGAUUGGCGCGAGAAGCACGGCCAACAAAAAGUACGCAAUUUGACCUCUGCAAGAAUUCGCUCACAGCCGUCUAAAUAUAAAUAA